UUACAUCAGCCAACACACAUGGGAGAGAAACCUCGUAGCUGUGCUAUAUACAGCUGUAAGCACUGUGAGUGGAGUUUCGCUCAUUCAGAAGACCUAGCAAGACACCACCAGAGAAAACACAUGUGGGAGGGUAUUCAUGUCUGUGAUCAAUGUGGGAAGAGUUUUGCUAGUUCUGGAGACCUGACUAUACACAAGCGAAUACACACAGGUGAGAAACCAUAUGUUUGUGAUCAAUGUGGGAAGAGCUUUGCUAGUUCGGGAAACCUGAAUAUACACAAACGAAUACACACAGGUGAGAAACCAUAUGUUUGUGAUCAAUGUGGGAAGAGCUUUGCUUCAUCUGGAUUCCUGACUAAACACAAGCGUAUCCACACCGGAGAGAAGCCUUACAGUUGUGAACGGUGUGAGAAGAGAUGUGUUUCCAAAGGAGAGUUGAGAACGCACCAGCUCGUACACCCCAGAGAGAACUCUCUUUUCCUGUGUGAUCGAUGCGGGAAGAGCUUCACACACAUGGGAUCCCUGAAUGUACACAUGCGUAGGCACACAGGAGAGAAACCCUACCGCUGCGAUCAAUGUGGGAAGAGCUUUAUUCAGCCAGUAGAAUUGAAAAUGCACCAACGAGUGCACACUGGAGAGAAACCCUACAGCUGUGAUCUAUGCAGGAAGAGAUUCGCUCAGUCAGGACUGCUGACUGUACACAGGAGAACACACACUGGAGAGAAACGUUAUAAAUGUGAUAUAUGUGGGAAGAGAUUCGCUCAGUCAGGAAACCUGAGGAGUCAUCAGAAAACCCACACGGGCAGAAAGAGUCGCAAAGGCGGAGAGAAAAUCCCCACAGGCGGAGAGAGAAGUCAAACAGACGGACUGAAUCACCACCACACCUCCAUCCUCUCAGCCAUCAGUUCUCAGCAUCCCUCUGUGGACUCUGGGUAAACAUCACAGGAUCCCCUCUGUAUUGACUCUGGGUAAACAUCACAGGAUCCCCUCUGUAUUGACUCUGGGUAA